AUGAAAGUAACGGACGCAGAUCUGGCCCGAUUUUAUGGACUGCCAAAAAUCCUCAAAACGAAUGUCCCCUAUCGGCCAAUCGUUGCCCUUAUGGGCAGCCCUACCUAUAACUUGGCAAACUGGAUGUAUAGAAAACUGAAAUUCCUCCAAGGCAACUCAAUUACCUCAAUUAAAUCGGCCUCCCGAUUCCUCGAGGACCUCCGAGGUGGGACGAUUCAAUCGGACGAAAUCAUGGUCUCUUUCGAUGCGACUUUGUUUUUCAUAUUCAUACCGCCAAAUCUGGCGCACGAUGUCUUGCACAAGAGACUUGAAGAAGCAUUCGAUGAUAACCGAAGAAUACUCAAAAUUGAAUAUAUCAUGAAGUUAUGCGGACAAAAGUAG